AUGGUCGGCUAUGACCCUGAGGCCAAGUGUGUCUCCACGGUGGAAGCGGCUGCAGCAGGAUCAGCAUCUGGCUUGGUCACUCGAGUCCUUGUCAGUCCCUUGGAUGUUGUCAAGAUCCGCUUUCAGCUUCAGAUCGAGCAGCUCUCCUCCAGAAACCCAGCGGCUAAGUAUCAUGGCAUCUUGCAAGCUGUACAGCGCAUCUUCCAGGAAGAGGGGUUGGUAGCCUUCUGGAAGGGCCAUGUUCCUGCUCAGUUUCUUUCAGUUGGCUAUGGAGCUGUUCAGUUCAUGGCGUUUGAAAGCUUGACAAAACUGGUGCACAACGUCACCUCAUACAAUGCCCGCGAUUCCUUUGUGCACUUCGUCUGUGGUGGACUGGCUGGAUUGCCACAUGGCCUGCCUGCUCCCCCAGCCACUGUUGCAGUUCAGCCUCUUGACACACUACGCACCCGCUUUGCUGCUCAGGGCGAGCCUAAGAUCUAUCGCAACCUUCGCCAUGCAGUGGUGAUGAUGUACCAGACAGAAGGGCCUCAGACUUUCUAUAGAGGUUUGACCCCCACAAUCAUUGCUAUCUUUCCGUAUGCUGGUCUCCAGUUCUCCUUCUACAACAUCCUGCAACAGUUUUCUGAAUGGGUGAUUCCAGCUGAAGGAAAGAAAGGAGGCAAUGUUAAAAACCUUGUUUGUGGCAGCUGUGCCGGAAUCAUCAGCAAAACCCUCACUUACCCUUUUGACCUGUUCAAAAAACGACUGCAAGUGCGUGGCUUUGAACAUGCCCGGGCAGCCUUCGGGCAGGUACGGAUGUAUAGGGGUCUCCUGGACUGCAUAAGGCAGAUCAUGCGAGAGGAGGGCCCGGGUGGAUUCUUUAAGGGCCUUUCACCCAGCUUGCUGAAGGCUGCUGUCUCUACUGGCCUUGUCUUCUUUUGGUAUGAGCUGUUCUGCAGCCUCCUGUGUGCACUGAAGAACACCGACAGCGCUACGAGGAAGCCUGUCCUGGCCUGGAGACGAGGGCGGAUUAAACCCGAUUUUCACCCGGAGAGCGGCAGCAGGGAGCAGCUCUCACCGGGAGAGCCCGGCCGGUGCUCGGCGGGGGAGCCCCGAAGGGGACCGGGACAGCGGG